CGUGCGGGGAGGCGCUAUAAAGGGUUGUUUUCUACUUUGCAAGCUAAACAAUCUCCAUUUUGUGAGAGCCUUUCAGCUGACUAAAACGUCGUCCCAGUGAAACGGAAGAGUCAAAGAAAGAAAAAUAAAUUAAGCAGACCAGUCUAUCGCUAACCAGUUAUUAUCCGAAAGGAAAGGAAAUCUUAUCGUAUGUCCGCUAUCCAGAACCUCCAAACUUUCGACCCAUUUGCUGAUGCAACUAAGGGUAAUGACAGACUCCCAUCUGGGACUGACGACUACAUCCACAUAAGAAUCCAGCAGCGUAACGGCAGGAAGACUCUGACCACGGUCCAGGGCAUAGCCAUCGACUAUGAUAAGAAGAAGCUAGUCAAGGCCUUUAAGAAGAAAUUUGCCUGCAAUGGGACAGUGAUUGAGCACCCAGAGUAUGGGGAAGUGAUUCAGCUGCAAGGUGACCAGCGCAAGAAUAUCUGCACGUUUCUGAUUGAGAUUGGCCUGGCGAAAGAGGAGCAGCUCAAGGUCCACGGAUUCUAGAAGCUCUCAGCAGCCCUCUCUCCCCUGGUUGUGAUACUUCCCUCCCCUGUGCUGCAAUCACCGCACCCCCUUUAAGAUAAUGAUUACCUCUGAAUUGAGACUUUUUACUACCAGUUUAACUCCCCCCUCAUACGGGAGCAGUCCAGUGCAAACAUGGACAAACGGCUUGACAGAUGUGGGAUGAGUGGUGAUUUAGUUUUUUCCUUACAUUUUUUAGUUUGCUGUGUGAAGGGCACAAUUCCAUGUAACUCUUUUUGUUUUGUACAAGUUUCAAUAAAAUGAUCAACCGCCACCUCAUGCGGAAUCCUGUUGUGGUUGCGGGAUUUGGGGGCGGUGGUUAGAAUAGAUAAGGGUGGUUCAGUUUGGGGAGAAGCACUUAACUGCAGUUCCAAUGUUUUGUGGGGCUGCAUACGUCCAUGUUACAGCAGAGUGUUGCUGAAGUUCUGAUCAUCGCAGCCCCAUCUACAAGGUUGUGCUUCUUCCUUUUUAAAAAGUCAGCCAUGUUAGGAUUGAUGCUGGGCUACCAACUGAAAAGUGAGUAGGGGAGACUUGUUUAUACAAUUCCACAUUUUAUUCAAUAAAUAUUUGAAAUUGA